AUGCUGACGUUUACUCCUAAUCAAGGAGGCCAUGUUUUUGAGGAGGAGAUGUUGACACCAGAGGAGCAGUAUGCAGCAGUGCCCGAUAGGCCAGACUUUUCAUCGGUGCAGAGAAUCCAUAAAGACAUCAUUAACCCCGAGGAAGUGGCCGACUUGUUCACCACCUUGAAUGCAAACGACGUCUUGGUUACAUCCUUGUCUAAUUGCCAGCAGCUAUAUGGAGACCGCACUUUUCCCAUCGCAAGCAAAUUGCGAGAGAGCGUCGAACCGCCUGUUUUCCCCUACGCUAGUAUCUUGCGUCCUUGGCAAGCCAUUUACAACAAACAAGUUAAAACGCUAACGGAUUUGGAACCUGCAACGCAAUCUCCAAACCCACCACCAGCAAAAUCGAGGCAGGAAGCACUUUUUGAAAAAGGCGAUUUGACACUCGACCAAUUCUUUAAACAGACAAGGGCAAUUAACAAUUCCCAAAACUUGCUCAACAAGGGGACCAGGCUCUCUUCUACUGAGCUGGUAUUCACAGUCGAACAAGCGUCAGCUAUUGUUCUCAGAAAUGCCAAGAAUGCAUCGGAUCUAGUGGAAUUUUUGCAGUUCAUUACACCAACCAUCGGGCUUUUCUUCCCGCGAGGUUUGGAAAGAAUGCUUGUACAAGCUUGUGACUCGUGUGAAAAGCUCGGCAGUGGAAGUUUUGCAAUUGCCGACUUGGUGAGGGCCAUCGAGAGGGCCAACCCUAGACUUGUUUCCAACAUGUCUCCGCGGACUCUAGACAGCAUUUCCUUUUGCGCCGCAGACGCCGAUAACGAUUUAAGUGUGUCCUUGCUCAAAAAGAUGGUGACAAAGGGUUAUUGUCCAGAGGAUAGAACGCUAGAUAAGGUCGCGGCCAAUUAUCGACAAUCGAGCCCCGUGCAGACAAAGAAGGAUUUGUAUUUCUUGAAAUCGGUCAUUUUCCAUCGAGAGCCCACCUUCAAGUUGUUCCAACUUCUUUUGUCAUCCAUAGGAAACAUCAACGAACUCAACAAGUACAUCACGCUCUUGAGCAAACGAUACCCAGACACUUUGGCUCUUUACCAGCUCGAUUUGUUUCAGAAAAUGAUGGAGCUUCUGAGCGAGAGAAACUUGUGGCAAGCCCAGUUCUUAAAGGUGCUAAAACAAAGCAACGUCAAAUUGAGCAAGCCACUUGCAGAGACGAUUCUUUCAAGCGCUAACGUUGAUUUAAACGCAAAAGAAGCGUUGAAAACAUUAAUGUGA